CCUUAAGCUUCCCCAAGAUUUGUAUGCCAUUCGCUGUAGCACGUCUAAGCGACUCUGAAAUAGAGCAGCUUGUGCAUGCACAAAUUGAGUCUCCCUCGGGCUCAAGUCUUUACCCGGGAUGCGGGCUCAAUAUCCGCUUCUCGCGGUGGUUGGUGCCACCAAGGCCGCCCUGCCGGGAGAUGCUUCUUAUGUUGUCCCCACCGCAUUUCCCACCUCGGUAUACUCAUCCUACUAUGUCCAACCGGGACCAACACAGGAGCCUCAACCAGCCAUAUAUGAUCCUGUGUUGAAUAUCACAUUUCCUCUGAAUCUCACAGAUCCCUCAACUAUACCGACGACAGACCCGGACCCUGUACUAUAUCCCGUGGCUGCUGCCAACCUCUCUGAUGCCUCCGGCGCUGCCAUUAUAUCGGCAGCAGUGAGCGACAUCCUCGAUAUAAUCUCAGCCAACCACAGCGGGCUGGCCAGCAAUUGUUCGAGAUGCGUGGCAGCACUAUCCGUUGCGAAGCUGGCGGCCAACCUGGCACCUGCCCAUGUGCCGGACGCCAUGGUUGCCCUCUGCCAGGCCACCGGGUUCAGUUCCAACUCCUCGUGCCAGACCACCUACGAAGCGGGCAGCUUUGGGGCCAUCUGGACGCAGGUGUUGUCCAAGGCUGAUGUGGCGGGCCUGGAUGGGCAGUACAUCUGCUCUUCUUUGAGCACGACUUUCUGCAGUGCGCCGCCUGUGAUCCCUGUCAAGGUCGAAUUCCCAAAGGAAAGGCCAGCCGAUACAAGCGUGCCUACGAGAAGCGGGAAGAGGGCAAAGGUCUUCCAUCUAUCGGACAUGCACUUGGAUCCAAGAUACCAGGUUGGCACAGAAGGGAACUGUAAGAGCAGCCCUUGUUGUCGGCCGAGCGGGUCUCUUUCGAAUGGAAGCAUGCCGGCUGUUGAGCUCGCGGCUCCUCUGUACGGAUGGUAUAAGUGCGACUCGCCGUAUUACUUGGCACUCGCGGCCCUGCAGUCCAUAGGACCGUUGACGGGAACAUCUCUGGAGGAUCCCCCGGCGAUGACCUUCUACACGGGAGACAUGGUCACGCACGCGCCCUCCCAGGCCCAGCUCUCGCGGGCCUUUGUCGAAAACGUCGAGGAUUCUCUCCUCCAGAUGUUCAAGGCCUACAUCGGCGGGCCCAUCUACGCCGCCCUGGGCAACCACGACAGCAACCCCGAGAAUAACGAUGCCCCCCACAACAUUGACAACAACGGACCACUGGGCAAGCAGUUCUCCUGGAACUACGACCACAUCUCGCAGCUUUGGGAACACUACGGCUGGAUCAACAGCAGUACUCAGGCCGAGGCGGCCUUACAUUACGGAGCAUAUGCGGUCACACAUCCAUUGGGGGUUAGGAUCAUCACCCUCAAUACUGAUUUCUACUACAAAAGCAACUAUUACACUUUCCUGCACGCCGCGGAUCCGGACUACUCAGGGAUAUUCACCUUCCUGAUCGAUGAGUUGCAGAAUGCCGAAGACGCUGGUCAGCGUGCAUAUAUCAUAGGUCAUGUCCUUACUGGCUGGGACGGUACAAAUCCCACGCCUGGUGGGGCUGAUUACUUCUAUCAGAUUGUAGAGCGAUACUCUCCCCACGUCAUUGCCGGAGUGUUCUUCGGCCACACCCAUGAAGACCAAGCCUUCAUCUAUUACAACAACAAUGGCACGAACCAAACCGCCGAGAAUGCCAUCGCCAACGCCUGGGUCGGCCCCUCACUCACCCCACUCACAAAUCUCAACUCCGGAUACAGGAUGUACGAGAUAGACACCGGCUCCUUCGAGGUGAUGGACGCGUUCACGUUCUACUCGGACGUCUCCCAGUUCUCCACGCUCGAGGGGUCCGGGCCGACCUGGGAAUUCGAGUACUCAACGCGUGAGGCGUACGGAGCAGCGGCUGGGUGGGACGCGGGCGAGCCCCUGAAUGCGACGUUUUGGCACCGUGUCACCGAGGCGAUGGAGAGGGAUAGAAGCCUGGUGUCGCUGCAGAACACUUACCAGGGCAAGAGCAGCUCCCUGAGCCCCAACUGCACCAGCCAGGCGUGCGCCGAGGCGCGGGUCUGCUACAUGAGAAGCGGUAGUGUUGGGCUUGGGAGGCAGUGUCCUCAGGGGUUCGGCAGUGUCCAGAGCCCGUUUACUGGCAAAGACUUCUAGGGUGGUAGAGGUAGAUCGGGGCAAGAGGUAAUUAAAGUAGAUAUACUUAGACGUACUUGAGCCUUUGGGCGAUAUUCUCAAUCAAAUGUUAAUCAGGGUGCGA